AUGGCUCCCGGCGCCCUGUCCCAAGACUCCCCGGCCAUCUCGGCCGUCCACAAGGGCGACCAGGACAUCGACCUGACCUCCUCGGCCCUCGAGCACAAGCUCAGCAAUGGCGCCGCCGCCGCCGCCGCCCCGGCCAAGCCCCAGCAGCUGGACGCCUCCAAGCUCACCUACAACCUGACCAAGAGCCCGCGCCCCGUGCCGGACGAGGCCCACGCCUUCGCCGGCGACGAGACCAUCUGCUCCGACCACAUGAUCACCGCCUCGUGGAGCGCGGCCGCGGGCUGGUCCGCGCCGGAGCUCAAGCCCUACGGCCCGCUGACGCUCAUGCCCACGGCCUCGGUCCUGCACUACGCGACCGAGUGCUUCGAGGGGCUCAAGGUCUACCGCGGCCACGACGGCAAGCUGCGCCUCUUCCGCCCGGACUGCAACGCCGCCCGCAUGCUCAUGUCCUCGACCCGCAUCUCCCUGCCCGCUUUUCCCCCCUCGGAGCUCGAGAAGCUCGUCAUCGCGCUCAUGGCCGUCGACGGCCCGCGCUGGCUGCCCCGCGACAGGCCGGGCGCCUACCUCUACCUGCGGCCGACCAUCAUCGGCACCAACGCGCAGCUCGGCGUCCAGGCGCCCAGCAAGGCCCUGCUCUUCGUCACGGCCUCCUUCAUGCCCCGCAUGGACGCGCCCCCCGGCGGCAUGCGCCUGCACACGAGCCCCGAGGACAUGGUGCGCGCGUGGGUCGGCGGCUUCGGCUACGCCAAGGUGGGCGCCAACUACGGGCCCUCGCUGCUGGCGACGGCCGAGGCGCGCUCCCGCGGGUUCGGCCAGAUCCUGUGGCUGUACGGGCCCGAGGGCUACUGCACCGAGGCCGGCGCCAGCAACUUCUUCGUCGUCAUGCGCAACGCCGCGACGGGCCGCGCCGAGAUCGUCACGGCGCCGCUCGACGACCGGCUCAUCCUCGACGGCGUCACGAGGCGCAGCGCCCUGCAGCUCGCGCGCGAGCGCCUCGCCGGCGAGGUCGACGUCGUCGAGCGCCGGUACACCAUCGACGAGGUCCUCCAGGCCGACGCCGAGGGCCGGCUCAUCGAGUCCUUUGCCUCUGGCACUGCUUACUUCAUCUGCCCCAUCUCCUUCAUCCACCACCGCGGCAAGGACGUCAAGAUCGGCAUGGGCAAGGACGGCAAGGGCGGCGACAUCACCCUGAAGCUCAAGGGCUGGAUCGGCGACAUCAUGUACGGCAACGAGCAGCACCCCUGGGGCGUCGUCGUGCCCGAGGAGCAGUAA